CACCCACAACAAUGAACCGUAGGGGUCACCUGUCCCACAAGGUCCCCAACGUCAAGUUGCGGCCGGCGCCAGAGCGCAGGAGCAACAGAGGGCGCCAGACCAUCCCGGACAGCGAGAUCUUAGCCAGAGCUAUGGAGGAAGACUCGUCAGACGACGAUGCCGCCGGCCCAUCGAUCGACAAUGCCAACAGGCCGUGGAAACACGUUACGCUCACCUUCACCGGCGUCGAGGACAAGCCCGAGCUCGUCAAGCUCGUGCGCGAACUCGGAGGCAACAUCGAGAGUGCUCUGACCCAGACGGUCAACUAUGUUGUUGCCGUGGGAUACACGUCGCAGAAGUAUAACUACGCUGUCGAGCAUAGGAUCCCGGUCAUGGCGCCGUCGUGGAUCCGCGAUGCGCAUGCCCAGUGGAUUAAGGGAGGGGAGCUCGACUUCGCCUCGAGCGUCGAGUCGCACCGCUUGCUGCCGUUCCUCGGGCUAAAGAUCUCCAUCACCGGCAUCGACCAGCUCGACCGCAGGAAACAGAUCAUCAAGCUCAUCAAUCAGGAGGGAGGCGUGUACAGCAGGGACCUCGACAGGACCUGCACGCACCUCGUGUCCGCGUACCCGACCACGGACCCCAAGUCCAAGCAGAGCGAAAAGAUCAAGUGGGCGGUCAAGGAGCUCGGCGACCGUGCGAUGCAGCGCCGCCGCGGGAAACGCUUGGACGACCCAGACAUGUGCAUUGUCUACGAGUCGUGGAUCUGGGACUGUGUCGGGUUUCACGGCCGGUGGAGUGAAGACGCCUACGACGCCCGUAAGCCGCGUCGGGAUGGACGAGUACGACCCGAGGAUGUUCUCGACGGCUCCGUGUUCCGCCAGCCUGAGAAGGAGGAGGUGCCUCUCGACGAGGAGGAGCUGCAGCCUGCCGUGGCUCGAAAGCGGAAGCGUGGGGGCAUUGACGACCUCGUCGGAGAACUGUUAUCAACAACAGAGCCCCCGGCAGAAGCCAAGCGCGCAAGUCCGACGGUAGACCAGAAACCUGGGGUCAUUGAACUCGAUGAGCUUCCUCGACGACAAACAGCCGCCUACGACCCUCAGGCUUCAGUUCUCCACGCGACCAAGUCGGGAGCAUUCGACAAGCCAGCAGCAGCCGGUCCGUCGAAACCGGCCAAGAUCGACACUCCUCCCAGCGAUGAUACUUCGCGAACGUCGCCCCUGCCAAUCUUCCACGGUCUGAGAUUCAGCCACGCCAUCCCUGACGGUUAUCAAGGGCUUGAGAAUGCUUUGAGACAGCACGGCGGCGUCACCGUCAGCGAGGCUGACCGCUUGGCUGGUGCCCCAGUGGACUAUGUCAUCGUUCGACUCUCGGCGCGCCUCCGGCCACCGAUGCCAGAACUACCCACGGGCCAGACAGCACCACAAGUCGUAACCGAGUGCUGGGUGGAGGGCUGCUGCUUCUCCCAGCGACUAUUAUCUCCGGACGAGAACCUCGUUUUCCAGCCCGUAAGCUUCACACGAGCAAUCCCGGAAGCCGAACCCUUCCUCGUCCACAUUUCAGGCUUCUCAACUGAAACAAAUGUGUACCUGCGGCGACUGCUGCGGACUAUCGGAGGAACCCUAUCUGAGAGGCUCAACAAGCAUGCGACCCAUCUGGUGUGCGCGUCGCCAGCGGGACUCAAGUACGACAAGGCGAAGGAGUGGGGCCUGACUGUUGUGCGGGAUUCGUGGCUCUGGACAAUGGGACGGACGGGUGUCAUGGAGCCUGCAAGUGCUCACGCCCACGAUGCCCCUGCCCCCGCUGCCACUGCUAGUGCAAGACAGACGACGAACACAACGACCUCGUCUGGUCUCGACCCAAGCCUCCCACCACCCGAGGGUGGCGCUCUGCGCGGAACACCGGGAGCUCGGUCACUCAAGCCUACUCCGACGCAUGUGGACGUGAUCCCGGACGCAGAGCACGCCAACCCUCUGUCACCACCGAAGCACGCGACCGAGCGAAUCCUCAACCGCGCCAUCCUGAGUCCUGGACGCCGAACCGCAUCCGCCCCAGAGUCUUCCCCGCUCGGCUCACCCGCUAGAGCAUCCGACCUCAAGGCGUCGGCCACAGUCGGCGCUACCGGCACCCGAGAUGACUUCACUGCAGCCUUGCGCAAACUUGCCGAGGACCCCGCGCCCCAGCGUUCCAAGCUGGUCCGCCGUGCUCGAGUUAGCUCGACAAAGUCAAAGGCCGUGGUCACGCCGACCGCAGGCUCUCCUUCCACCUCGCCCGUCAAGUCGCCUGCGAAGGAACCCGUGACCAUGCUCGGAGUUCCGCCAGCAGCGGUGGAGGACGAGUCGAUGCGGGUGACCUAUGCGGACCCCGUAUCGGAGAAGGAGCGCCGCCGCUUGGUGGACGCCGUGAUGCGCAGCGGGCCGAGCCCCUCCAAGGCGAGCCCAUCUAGGCGACAGAAACUGUAAUGCGGCGGUGGUGCACCGCCAGAGUGGGUUGGAGUGGGGUGUGGUCCCUUGUGAAACGUCUGGUCGCCUGUCCUGCCAAGACAUGACCUGCGAGACUGUGUAGUCCUUAUGCUUACGCCGCUAUGC